GUGGACAGAUCAAUUUAUAAUUUCAAUUUUCUCAAUUCAAGUGAAAACACGUGCUCCACGUGCUUUAGAAUAACUUAAAAACUUUUUCAAACUGACACAGAUUUAAAUGACAAAAUUCUUACAUGAUUAAAGUGUAAAAACACGGAAAUGGCUCUCUCAAGAGAGCUGAGUCGUAGAUUGGAAAGCAAUGAGGAGCCAUUAGCGAAGCGUUUGAAAUUAGCAGAAAACACUUUUACGAGCGAAGAUUUCCCUGUGACACGAAAAGAAGACCUUGUUUUAAGAUGGCUGUGCGAACAGAUAGAGAAGGAGGGAACAAAUUCUGCUCCCAUUUUAAACACGCUGACCAAAUGUCUGAGGUUCAAAAUGUUUUGUCCCAUGGUUAUUUUCAAAACCGAUAUCAAGCAAAUUCUGGUCGAUACCUUGAUAAGAAAAUUAAGCCACGCAGAGAGCACAGAACUCCGAGAAGUUAUGGAGGCUUGCACAAUGAUUUUUCUCAACCGAGAAAUGCAUCGCUACUUUCAAACCAAUCUCUUGUCUAUCGCUAAUUUAAUCACAAGCCUUGUAGCUUGUAUUUCUGCCAGAAAAUCAAAUAGAAACAUAGAUGAAGGAGAGGCAUUAUUGAAAGAUGAAGGACGAACUUGUGUAAUUCAUGGUAUCGAAUGCUUGGUUACUUGUUAUAAACAAUCGACCAAUAAAGACGAAAUAGCUGAGAUCUUAAUCUCACAAAUGUUGUAUCCGUUAUGCAGUCUUGUUAAUAUGAAUCAGCAUGAUAGACUGGGGGCUGAAAUUCACAAGUGUAUUCAACAAUUAAUAUUUGGCAAAUCAAGAUUUUUGCAGUUUAAAGAUUUCAUUGGAAAAGAAGAUAAUUUUGUGUUGAAGUUGUUUGAAGAAUUGAAAAAAAAAGUAGAUAGUUACGAAGUGCAAAUUACAGUUGUUGCGUUUUCAUACAUUUUUCGAGCUGCUGCUGGUUCUUACAAAAAUGAUCCAGCAACCAUAGACCGUGUGUUUAGGAAUUUGAUGAAUUCUGCCGGCCCUGUCAAGGUUAAAGUCUUUGCAAAUAUUAAACAACAGUUAUCGAAUGUGGGAUUUGAUUAUCAGAAUAAAAUUGGGGAAUCAACACUUUUUGAAUAUUUACAAAUGUUGAUCGACGAAGUAAUUUCAUCAGAGAUUUUGAACGACGUUCACUACAAAGCUUUGGAAAGCAUCGCCGUGCUCAAUCCCCUCAUUAUUGAAACAAAGAUGCAAAAUAUCUUUGAGCGCAUUCUAUUCGAAGAAAAAAAAAAUGGAGACGAGAUCAAUUCGUAUACGGAUCUUAUGGUCGCAAUUAUCGAGGCUGGAGUGCGUUUAAGACGAGAACAAAAACUCAUUCCAUGGAUUCUUAAAGCUGUUGAGAUAAAACUCGAAGAGAGUAAUAAAUUGAAAUUGAAUUUUGAAACCGUUUUUCCUGUGGGCUUUAAAAAACAUUUCAGUAAAUCGGUCGGAAAUAUGACAAGCGCGCAAACUAUCGGUGUGCUCAGAACUCUCAUUUAUCAUCUCAACAACUGCGCCGCUAUGGUUACUAAAAAUAAAAAAGUUGGGACUUUCAUGUUGCAAGCCACAGCUGAUUUAAUGUCAGCAUACUUCGAAGGCGUCCGGAUAUUUGAUCAUUCCAUUCAAAUUUCCAGUCAGGAUAAAUUUAUUCAAGGCCUGAGAGAACUUGGAAAAACGAUUUCCUUGUUAACUGACACAAUAAUGGAAAUCGGGGAUAAUGAAAAAAUGAUUGCGGCAGUGCUGAGCGUUGUUUGGUAUUGGGAUAGUAUGCACGCUUGGAUGGAACAUUACGUGCCUGAUGCAGUAUCGCAAAAGCUUGAUUUUCCAAUUUCUGAGAGUCGAGUUCGAGAAAUCAUGGAAAAUAUCGAUAGCCUCAAUUGUAAAAAAGCAAUGAACAGGAUUUUAGUCCAGCAAAUGGGACGAAAUUUGGAAGAGAGCAAACCCUUCGAUUCGUCGAACCUGCUGGAUGGUUUCGAAAACUCUUGGUCAAUUAUACUCGAUCAUAGUCCACACGUUAUAUCAUCAAUGAACAAUUCACAAAUUGCUGAAUUAGCGAAACAUCUUUUGGAUGAUUUGAAGUGUUCACAGACCAAAGAUUUACAGCCCCUGAAGAGACUGAACGUCGAAAGCGUGCAGAAUGACGAGAGAUUUUUAAAAUCUCUUGUGUAUCAGAUACUCGUCGAUAUCUCGGAAAAAGUCAACGAAAGUAUGACGAAAACAAUCGCAGGACACGUCGAUGUGGUGAAAAUUUUGAAUCGUGGCAGUACGUCGAAGUUAACGAAGCAUAUGAAAAGUGAUUUAACAAGAAAAGAAUGGAAGACUUUGAAUGAGGAAUCGUUGUCUAUUGUGGAAAAAGAUUUGCGAAUCUUGUUGCAUUUACCGUUGAAAUAUUUCGGACUCGAUUUCAGAAAAGCUCUCUUUCUCGUUAUUUAUUCGAUUAAAAAUGAGUCUAGGGGCAACGAGACAAUUCUACAGAUUUGUUCACGCAUUUCAAUCGAUUUGUCAGAAAAAUUGGAUAUCGAUGUAAUUGAUCUGAUUGAUUCAGAUUCACUGAUUUACGAAUUAACGCAUGACAAAUCGAACCGAAGGGUCAUCGAAUCGUCAUUAAAAAAUAUUUCCAAUUGGGAAACGUUGAAAAUUUUGGUGAAAAAAUCUCAAAAGACUGAUUCUUCGACUGCUCUGUUGUUGGAGUGUAUCGAGCGUGUAAAGCCGAAACUGAAGGGUGAAGAGAAGGAAAUAUUUAAAAAGGCCGAACAAAGGUUGAGCAGAAAAUUACUCGACAACAUGAAUGACGAAUUUAAAGAUCCCGAUAAUAUUAAACGCUUCACUUUAGCUCUACGAGUUUCUACAACGAAUGGACAAAUACCGGAAAAUUUAAUGGCUAUCACGAAAUCCAUUAUAAACAAGAUUUUUCUGACUGAUGCAGUAACAGAUGGAAAAUUUAUCACAGAAGGUCUACAUUUGAUGAGUGUGGUGUUGAAACUUGGUGGAAAAUUGGAUCUGAAUGAAAAAAUUCUAAAAAAUGUUUGGCCACAUGUGCUCAAUAAUCCCGUAAAAGAUAUCGCUCUUCCCAUCUUGGAAAGAGCAGAGCCCAAGGCGUUGAAAAAACUUUUUAUGCUACUUCAUUCACAAACUAUUACGGCCCUUACAGCGUCGGACGAUGUUACUUUCAAACGCUCUCUGAUUAUUUGGAAUUGUGUGACGAGUAUACCAAUGAGAGAUGCUCGUCAAAAAUUUCGAAUAACUGCUCUACAUUAUUUGCUUCAAGCUCUACUAAUUUCAAAUAUUCAUGUCAACUUUUGGCCGCCUGUCUUGCAAUUCGUGCGCAGCAUAUUGCCUGAAUCCCUGCACGUUAUCGAGAAAAGUAUCGAUCUCGUAACUCUACUUGUUGCACGAUCGUUGAAAGAGGCAGAAUUGAACGCUUGCGAGUAUGCUCUCGUUUUAUCCUCCUCUUUGGUAAAAUUCAACGCGCCGAUUAUUAUCGAUCGAUUGCCUAUUCUGCUUGGGUUGUAUAGGAAGAUCGUGGAACUCGUUGUUCGUGAAUCGAGAAAGGAUAAUGAUUCGUCGAGGCUACGAAUACUCGGAUGUUUAGCUCUUGAUAUCGAAAAAUUUACCAAUGCUUUGGUCAAACUGAAAAAAGAUUUGGUUCGAAUCAGUCCUUAUGUGAUCGCUGAUCUUGUUGGAAUAUUUUCAGAAGGUGUAAUACCUCCUAGAGUUAAGGGGCCAUUGGAAGAUUCUGUUGGACAUUUUCUCAGCAUAUGCGACCAACAUGCCAUUUCUCUGCUUUCCAGAACUCUGCCAACUUCUACACGGGGCAUAUUCCAAACUCUUUAUGACACUUAUAAUAAGUUUCAUAAGUUUACCGGCAAAAUCUGAUUUCUAUAUCUAUUUGUACGAUAUCUACAAAAGUUUCGAUUACAUCUACAAUCAUAAGCAAAUACAACAAAAACUUUGCAAAAUUUGUACAUAUUUUUAAUUGUUUAUAUCGAUUUUACAAAACAGAAUUGAUAAUAAUCGAUCUACUUGCAACCAUGCACAAUCCUUAUAUAUUAAAAUGAUACAAAUUUUUUAAAAAAAAAACAAAAAAAAACUUUGGCAAUCCGAUCGAUCGAAAAAAUUCGAUCAAUUUUUAUCGUCGCUCGAUCGAGCAGGUGUCCAUGUGUGCAUGUCGUCUGCUACAACAGCGCCGCGCCGAAUGUUGUUUUUGUCAUCUCUGUCUCUGGCUCUGUGUCCCACGGAAGGAAUACUAUGAUACUAUGUGGGGCAUACGAAAGCCCAUCGGUUAUAAUUUUACCGAUAUUUUUAUAGUUACGAUACUUGGCGGUAUUUCAGGUAUAUACAUUUGGAAACCCUCGAUUGAAAAAUACUGGGCCGAAAAGAAAUCUGAAGACAAAAUAAUAAUUGAUCCAUCAGAAUGAGUAAAAAGCCGGCAUCUAUGAACGCACAGGUGGGAAUGUUUCUCCUGGGUACAAUAGGCAUGGGUGGAUGUGCAUUAACCAUAUUCUUAAGCAAAUAUGUAUUUGGGCCAUUGAUGAAAGAAAGAAAAUUGAAUAAUUCGAUGGCACUUGCUGAAUCAUUGUAUCAGCUGGAAUUGGAAACUGAAAAGAAUAUCCAAAGCGGAGUCAACGAGCACUAGAAAAUGAAGCUUCGAAAGAAUUUUAUCCAAUAAUCUAUUGACUUUAUUUGUAAUGAAUAAAUAACCAAGAGGAAA